CGGUCCCACAACAACAGGAACAGCAACGACGGGAUCCGCUUCCAAGCACAAUUGUCGACACGGCGGGCCGGGGGUUCGACAAGGGAAGGCUACCUAGGUUAGGUUGAGACGGCUGGUACCUCCCUAGUACCUCCCUUAAUCUUGACAUGUCCAUCCAUCCACGGACCCGUGGGGAUCCCAACUCCUAUUGACAUUGGCAUCCUAAAACCCCGAGCAACGUAGGUACUUUUUUUUCUUUCUUUCUUUUAUCUAAAUCAGUUGCCGCAUCCUUCGGUUUCUCGAGAUCAUCCACGAUAUGACCCUUGCCACUAAAUAGAUAUUCAUCAUUCUAUUUCCAUUUGUCUUUCUUAUUCACCAAAUAUUGAUUGCCGGUCACUAUGGUUUCCUCGUCCUCCGUGCGAGGCCUAGCCACAAGGGCUGUUUUUUAUAUGUCCUCUCAUAAGGCUUUUGAAUCUCAAGCGGCAUACGAUGCCAACACAGUCACCGCUAUCCACACUCUCCAAGCAUGGUAUAACCAGGGCACCGGGUUAUGGGACACCACGGGCUGGUGGAACUCGGCUAAUGUAAUGACUGUGCUUGCCGAUUAUGCUGUUCAGAAUCAUGACUCGGCCAACUCACUCGGAAUCCCUAAUAUCAUACUCAAUACAUACGACCAGGCACAGAAAACCUCUUUCCAGGCUAUCAAGUCUUUGAACGGUGCAGGUCUUCCCAUCUCGACCUACGUCAAGAUACCCCGACGGCCAAGUAUCACCGCAAGAGGCUUUGACGAUUUUCUUAACGAUUAUUAUGAUGAUGAGGGGUGGUGGGCCCUAGCUCUAAUUCGGAGUCAUGACGUCGGAGUUUCUGGUUUGGGGGAUCAAAAGUUCCUCCAGGCUGCGAUGAGGAUCUUCGAAGACAUGAAGGGAGGCGCUUCCACAUGUGGCGGCAUUUACUGGAGCAAAGUAGGCACCUACACAAACGCUAUCGCCAACGAACUCUACCUCAAGGUAGCCGCUUCACUGGCCAAUCGUGUUCCCGGCCAGAAAGAUUAUUACCUGGACAUCGCGAAGAAGGAGUGGGAUUGGUUUAAAACCAGCGGCAUGAUCAACCAAGAUAACCUCAUCAAUGAUGGCCUCAAUGACAAUUGCAAGAACAACGGCGGAAAUACCUGGACAUACAACCAAGGCGUUAUAUUAGGGGCCCUGGUUGAGCUGUCCAAAGCCACCGGCGAUAGGUCCUUCCUCAACGAAGCUUCGUCGAUUGCCACCGCUGCCAUCGUUCACUUGACCCGAGAUGGCAUCCUGUACGAAGGCUGCGAGCCAGAUUGUGGCGCUGAUGGUGCUCAAUUUAAAGGUAUAUUCAUGCGCAACUUGCGUGAGCUGCAGCAAGCGGCACCCCAAGACGCCUUCAAGAAUUUCCUUCUCCAGAAUGCGGAUACGAUCUGGGCCAAGGAUCGAAACAACCAAAACCAGCUAGGACCUACGUGGACUGGGCCGUUCGCGACUGCAAGUGCUGGUACACAUAGCUCUGCUAUGGAUGCUCUUGUAGCUGCAAUUGCCGUCGCAUGAGCAUCGAACUGACUUUUCAUUAUUUUAUUUUUGGCGUGCUUUCUAUGAUACCACGGACCCAUCUCCAAAGCCGAACUGGCAGAAGUGAAGUGUUGAUCAGCGUUGACUUGACAACGCGGAUUACAUUGUGUUGUAUUCUACUCUAGGUUCGGGUAGGAGGUUUUGGAUUUACAACACCCACCACAAGCGAUAAUCUACUGUUUAAUUCACGAAUAUCAUAAUAUAAACAUUUAUAUGACAUGAGCCUAAUAUCCGUUCCUCAUUCCCAAACCAUUUAGUCAUUCACGGCAU